GGAGUAAUUCAGAAAUCACAGGAUGGGCUUUCUGCGGCUCCAAGUGAAGGGCAACGAGUCUGGAAAAAAAGCCCGUGUUCCUGGGGGUGAAGGGGCCUUAUUUACCACACCGUAAUACCUUCUGUUUCUGUAGGAACAUCUAAAGAUAAACAGAAUAGUGCUUCAUCAUGCCAGGUAAACAGCUCUUACAUGCCAUGGCUACGGUCUCUAAGGAGCUUCUGUUUAUUAUGAACAGUGUCUGUCUCAGCUUUAGCUGUGAAUCCAGCAGGGAGAGGCUCACAAUGAAAGUGAAGAGCUUGCAUGAAGUUACCGGAGGGAUACUUACUACUUCUGGGAUUAUAAGCAUUUUUUUUUCUGGAAUUUUUGCUUUUUUCUCUGUUUUUUCUUAUAAGCCCCGGUUCUUCGGAUGCAGUGUUUGCCUCGCCAGUCCCAUUUGGAAAGAGCUUUGGGAGGCAGAACAAAAAUGUUAUCAAAGGAAAGAUGAAGCAACUCACCGCAAGCCGCGUUGGCUGAAGGUUACAGAGCGGGCAAAUGCCCGAGGCUUUCCGGGAAUCGGGAAGGGCGACGUGCAAGGUCAGCAAGGGUCAGUAAGGCAGAUCUGCACGGGCAAAGUACAGGGCCAGCGCGGUGGCUUGGAGGGUGUCCCCUUUUGGGGACGGCCGUGUCCUUCCAAGUGCCGCGAGGUAGCUCAGGAGCACGAGAACAGCAAACGCAGGAGACGCGCAGAACGGUUUUCCUUGGCCUUCUGGCAGCAGACAGUAAACAUCAUCUGUGGCCGUGCUGUGCACAAAAAAGGACGCGAUGUUAUGCCUGAGUCCACAAAAGAGUUAUUCGAUCAAAGGAAAUUUAAAUUAUUCCUAAAAGCUCUUCUAAGGUGGAAAAGCCUCUCAGCUGGCACAAAGGAUGGAGCUGGCUCCAUAGCAAACCCCUCCGGGUCAGGGAUGCGCCAGGACGAGAAGGAGUGGGAGGCUAGUUUCGCCUUCGGCAUACUGAGCAUCGCGGGCGCCUCAGUGCAAUUUGCUGCUGCCGUUGCAUCUCUUCUCCUUGGCCCAUAGUGCUACUGCUCACUCGCUGGGAUUGCUGGGACCAAGUACCUGGGUUAUGCAGUCCCGUUCCCCUUUCCCUACGCUGACUUCCCAAACCUCCGCAAAGACCCAUCGCGUUAUGAGUGGUCCCACCUCACCCUGCAAAUACUGGACCUGUUUUUGAAUUUGGCCAUAUUCCGUGCGUCCUUGGGUUUUGUGAUGACUUUUGUGAGAUGAUUGCUUCAGUUUGGACAUUUAAACGUGAGCAUCGGUCACGGCGGGGAAGGUGGAUUGCCAACCGUAAUGCCCUUAACGGCAGCCAGGAGGGCGGCACGGCUGUGCAAGGUCAGGCAGAUCCGGAAUGCACUCCCGUCAGGAUCAGUAGUGCCCCUCAAGCCAUGUGCAUCAUUCCAUUAAAUCACUUUAGGAACCAGUAAUUUGGCCCUUCAUACCCAUUACUGUUUCAACUAAAGGGACACGGCUUUAGCAUAUAUAGCCUGGGCCUCUGAAUUUAAAGGCUGGGCAAAAUUUUAUGGAAGUUAUACAACUUGCU